CCUCCCGGCCUUUUUAUCCUCUUUUAGUCUCAGCCAUUCUCGGGCACCGAGAUAGAAGCUAGAGGGUCAGGAAGAAGUUUUAGACUAAAAGGACAGAGUUCGCCCCCUGGCCUUGGGAGGAUACUACUCUUCCAACAUCAAAGUUCAUUAUAGGGAUAAAUAAUCCUCCCAGCCCUGGAAACUAAGGAAACCAAUCUAUUGCAGAUGAUACUCGAGCGGAGAAGAAAGAAAGGGAUGCCGGGAAGGGGGGGAAAAAAGAUGACUUCAGAUUUGACUUCUAGAACUCAAAGGGGAUGUCUCCUAGCAACGCGCCGCGGACCUCCCUCCGCCUGCGUGGUUCCCAGGGCAACCUCCCGUGCCACUCUUCCCCUCCCCCUUCCAUCCCCCCAGCCCUCUGCGACCAGUACCCAUAGCAACAGCAACCGCGGGGCAACUAGAAAGACCUCCCCGUCUCUCCCCUCCCGGGCCAUAGGCAAUUUCUACCCAACAUCAGGGGGAUGGAGUCCAGUCCUUCAGGGCCUCAGGAGAAAAAGGGCACUCGACAUUCUCACAAUUCCCCAACACCAGCCGUUAUCACCAGGUCUGAGGAGUAUUUGGUCCGCGUCAGCACAGAACUUGCCAACGAGGCCCUGAUGGGGGCCCAAUAUCCAAUGAGCCCUGACCUGCCCAAGGAACUGAAAAAACUGGACCAGGGAACUCAGAUGUCCCGACACGUGCUGCCAACCACUCGGACCAAGGGCACAGAUACUCGUUCUGACAGAAACAGGACCAGAAACAAGACUCAUCUCCUGCCAUCCAGAGAGAUGGUUGAAGAUUUUAAAGAUGACAAGGUAAAAUUGCUGAAGUCGAAAGAGAAAGACCUGUCCCAACACAAGCAGGUAGAGACUGUGCGGCAGGAGGAAGCUCUGGGUGGGACCAUGUUUUUGACUACCCGACGGACUGCUCGUCGACCCUCUGCGGUCCCAGAAGGCCUCACCUCCAAGAAAGAGCAAGGAAAUAUCAAGAAUAUGAUUCGAGGUCCCACUCUUCACAGUUCAUCUGACAAAAUCCCAGGGUGGACUCCUGGCUGCCAGCAUCAUCAUCCCUGAGGCCCAAAGACUCUCUCAAACAAAGUAACAUUCUUCUUCACCCCCCACUGCCCGGCCAUGACACCAUCAGGAACCAGAGACUAAUAAAGAGACGGGGACCCCGCCUUCCCCUCCCCCAAUUCAGGCAAUGCUGGGGUCUGACCAUCUCUGAGGAGGGUGAUGAAUGGGGUACAGUGCCAUUGGCACGAGGGAGGGAAGGGAACAGUGGAUUCACUCAGGUGUAGAUGGUUUUACUUUUAUUUUUUAUUUUUUAUUUUUUAAUUUUUUAUUUUUUUAGUGAGGCAACUGGGGUUAAGUGACUUGCCCAGGGUCACACAGAUAGUAAGUGUUAAGUGUCUGAGGCCGGAUUUGAACCCAGGUACUCCUGACUCCAGGGCCGGUGCUCUAUCCACUGCGCCACCUAGCUGCCCCUGUAGAUGGUUUUACAAAGUAGAUUUUCUAGGACAUGACUUUCAGAUUGAGCCAUAGUCUACCCCUCCACAACCAGCUGGCUGGAAAAAGGCAAAUUUCAUUUUUAUAGUAGCAUUUGCUAAAGCUCAGCAUCACCAUAAAAAAAAAAAGGAGGGGGGCAGAUCUUAUGCACCAGCCUCAUAUAACUUCACUGCAGUGUUUGUGUACCCUCUAGUACUUCGGAUUAUCUGCUUGGUUUUUUAUCUAGUGUUAUUGAUAAUCUGCUAUCUUGAAUUAUCUAUUCCUUGGAAUUCCCAGAGUCUCCCUCCAUUAUUAAAAUUGUCAGCUGAGGGUUGACCAUAGAGCUUUGAGGUCUGGGAAUGAGAGAAGUUCCUGGCUCUCCUCGAAGCCAUUAUAGUAGAAUGGAAUGAAUACCAACCACACUGAGGAGUCAGGGGACAUCAUUUCUAGUCCCAGCUCUACUCUGAGUCAUUGUGCAGCCUUGUACAAGUCACUUUCAUUUUCUAGGCCUCUUUUUUCUCAGCUGUACAAUAUUGUGGUGAGAUGGAUGACCUGCAAGUUCCCUUUUCAUUCACACAGGCCCCAUCUCUCUCUAAUGGCUGUUGCCAUAGAGCUUUAGUUCAAAGGAUAUUUUCUCCAAGCCUCACUUAAGCCUAGUCAGCUUCCAUAAGAGUGAGAGGUAUGGUCGUGUUUUUUGCCAUUCCCCCAACAAAUACUGCUCCUCUCUUUAAGCUGCCCCCACCAUAACACUGGGCCCAGUUACAAAUGGUGAUUUUCUCUUAUUGCUUGAAAACAAAAAUCCAGAAGCCAGAAGGGAUAAAGGGUAGAAUUGGGGGAACCUGGAAGGAGGGAGGGACUGCAGGGGUUAGGAGUCAUUUCCCUAGCCCUCCCUACUCUUACUCUGCCUACUAAAGGACUAGGCUAUUGGGCAGAAAGGAACUGGCUAGAACUCCUGGCCUGAGGGAGCAGUGGGUGGGAGUGGAGCAAAAGGGAAGGCCAAGAAUGGACAGUGCUGGUGGGACAGGAACUUGUGUGGCCAGGGAACUGGCAAGCAAUGAUAGCAACCAGAGGGCAGGGAAAAUGGUGUUGAGCCCUCUGAGAUCGACCCCUGGGGCCCAUUACCUGGUGGAAGCCACAGGGGCAAAUGGGUCAGGACCUGGACUAAGAGAUAUCAUCCCUCUCCCC